GCAACACACACACACACACACACACAUAAACAUAUUUAUAUAGCAAUCAGAGUGACAGCGUUCAGAAGUCACCAACAGAAACAUUAAAUUGAGCGUUAUUUUUAUAGAAGGAGAGUGUGAAUUUGGCCAUGUCGACAAGUCCCAAGGAUACGCAGUAUUUGCGCUGUUUGAAGUGCCUAAAGAUUAUUAAAUGCUCGCGCUACGAUACCAGCGGGCUGGUGCGGCAUGUGCAGAUGGCCCAUCCAGAGAUUAUUGACAGUGCCAGCGAGAAGAAGCUGCAGAAUCUACACAAGCUGGCGGCAGAGCAUGGCAUAAGCGACGAGCGUUUAUCGCAGAUAAGCAAAAUGACGGGCAUGUCGGAGGUGCAAAUGGCAGACGAGGCGGAGCGCUACUUGGCCAAGCAGCAAGCUAAAAAGGGCGGCGGCGGCAGCAAGGCCAUGCCCACAACACAGCAGCAACAGCAGAAGUCAUCAUGUGCACCCAAAGCGGUGGACUCGCGUGAUCUGAACAAGCGUCACAUAUUUCGCAGCUCCAUUGAACGCUGGCUGCCUACAGACGGCUGCAUCUACUGCCCCAAUUGUGGCGCCAAUCGCGCACCGCUGCUGAAAUCCAGCGCCGAGUUGGGCUCCGGCUGCUGCGCUUCCCUGUGCAUUGCCAAUUGUUUUCCCUUUUGCUUUCUGCCCUGUCUGAGCUCCGGCGACAAUCGCGAGUAUUUGUAUUGCUGCAAUUGCAAAAGUUUUUUAGGCAUUUAUGAUCGCGAAAAUAAUUGCAUACGACCCAAUCGUGAGUUCAUAAGCAGCUGCGAUGAUGGCAAAGGCAGCUGCAAUUGCGCUGAUUAAAAGUCAAACAAAUAAACGGAUAUAUAUUUAAUACAAA